AUGUCCAAGUACAAAGAUCUCGUGAAGAGUGGGUGGCAUCCAGAAAAGAGCCGUGGCAUAGAGAAGAAGGGCAUCCGCGGUCAAGUGAGUGGGCUUGUCCGCGGUAACAAAGAUGAUCCCUCGACAAAGGCCCAAAACCAUGCGUCUGUACCUAUAACAUCUCUCAAAGAUCCUUCGUCAUUUGCGCCGCCACCGAAGCGCACCGCUAACGGCGCGCUCCCUUCUCCUCCCCCACGCUCUACCGAGACCCGGCAAGUCGUCGCGGCGCCCAGCAAGUAUCAAGACCCAAGGGGACCAUCUGUUGCACCACCACCCAAGACCUCGGCGGAGCAGUCACAGUUGGAAUAUUACCAGCAGAAUGGUAUCUCGCAGCAGGACGGGGUGUUGGAGGAGGAGGAGGAGAAGCCCAGGGGCCCAUACAAGACCAACACAACUGGGUUGAGCGUGGAUCACUUGCCGAAACCGCCUGGGAGGAGAGACGGCGCUGAUGGAAGGGGACCACCCGCGCUCGAGGCGAGCACCUCCGUCCGACAAUCCCCUUCACUGCCGGCGAGGAGUUCGCCAGCAUUGCCGUCGAGGCAGCCCGCCGCGAUUAUGCCCCCACCGAGCGCCAAGCCAAGCCUCCCACCCAGGCUCCCCGCGAGGACGAACUCGGCCGCGACAAACAGCAGUCAAGAGUCCGAGCCAUCCGGAGGCCUGCUCAACGAAGGCGCAGUGAACAGAUUGGGCGCUUCUGGCGUGAAUGUUCCUGGACUGGGCAUCAGGGGCCAGCAGGCAUCACCAAGCCCACCUCCACCACCCAGGCAGAGUACCGCGCCCGUCAACGAGCUGCAGAACCGUUUCUCGAAACUCAGGACUACACAAUCGCAAACCCAAGAUCCGCCAUCUGAGGGAACCACGUGGGCGCAGAAACAGCAGGCUCUCAACACGGCUUCGAAUUUCCACAAGGACCCCUCCAGUAUAUCAAUGUCGGACGCGAGGUCGGCCGCAGGCACGGCGAACAACUUCCGGCAAAGACACGGGUCUCAAAUUGCUUCGGGUGCCAAGACAGCAAACAACGUGGACCAGAGAUUCGGCGUGUCGAGCAGGCUUGGUGGAUUUGCCAGAGGCCAACAGGCGCAGCCAGAGGAAAGCGAGCCAGCGGCAGCACCUGCACCUGCACCUGCACCGCAGUUGCUGCCCACGCAACCCGUCCAGUCCUCGCAUCAGGAGACACAGCCAGCUUUACUGCCUAGCCAGCCUCUCAAAGCAGUAGCCGCCGCCAAGAAGAAGCCACCGCCGCCUCCUCCGAAGAAGAAACCGGGUCUUGCAGCGCUGCCAGCUGCGACUCAAGUGGGCACUGGUGAGGAACAACCACCUCCGAUACCCAUGUCGACACGACCGACAUUCUGA